AUGACCAGAGCCAAUCAAGUCCUCGACUGCACCAAUGAAUAUUUUGAAAUCCUGGACGGCCCUCCAUCCUCGGCAAAGUCCCUGGGGAAGACCUGCUCUGGUUCCUACCUCACCUACGCGUCCUCCUCCAGCUCACUGACCCUCGUGUACUUCCGAAGCUUCAACAACAUAGGGAAAAACUUCAUCGCUUAUUAUUAUUCUGCAGCCAAAGAGGCGGUUUCCCGGACCCCACAUCUAAUCACAAUCCCAAUGACAACACCCAAGACAGUGACAGCAAGACCAGGGGACUGGCCAGACCUGAGGCUGGUGGGUGGCUCAGGUCGGUGCUCAGGACGCGUGGAGGUCCUCCACCAGGAGGCCUGGGGCACCGUGUGUGAUGACCUCUGGGACCUCAACGAAGCCGAGGUCGUGUGCCGACAGCUGGGGUGUGGACGGGCCGUGUCCGCCCUUGGGAAAGCCCACUUUGGUCCGGGCUCUGGAGACAUCUUCCUGGACAACCUUCAGUGCUCCGGGGUGGAGCGCUCCCUGGGUCAGUGCGCCCACUCAGGCUGGUCAGAGCACAACUGUGGCCACCACGAAGACGCCAGUGUCAUCUGCUCAGAUGCUGAAGAAUCACUUAUUAAUAGUCCAGGGGACUGGCCAGACCUGAGGCUGGUGGGUGGCUCAGGUCAGUGUUCAGGACGCGUGGAGGUCCUCCACCAGGAGGCCUGGGGCACCGUGUGUGACGACCUUUGGGAUCUCAACGAAGCUGAGGUUGUGUGCCGACAGCUGGGGUGUGGAUGGGCUGUGUCCGCCCUUGGGAAGGCCCACUUUGGCCCCGGCUCUGGAGACAUCUUCCUGGACAAUGUACAGUGCUCUGGGAUGGAGCGCUCCCUGGGUCAGUGCGCCCACUUGGGCUGGUCGGAGCACAACUGUGGCCACCACGAGGACGCCGGUGUCAUCUGCUCAGGUGCGGAAGAACUGCCUCCUCCCAACCCUCCAGGUGUUUCCACAGCUUCUCAGGAUCAUAUAACAGGAGGAACUAGCUCUUGCGGAGGGGUCACGUCUGGUGUCUCUGGCUCAUUUUCCAGUCCGCUGUAUCCAGAAAGCUACCCAACAGACAUCCAGUGCGUUUGGGAGAUUCAUGUGGAUAAAAAAUUCCGCAUAGAACUCAUGAUUCCAACUCUGAACCUAGAGGAUAUCCUUGGAUGCCCUUACGACUCCGUUGAAAUCUUCGAUGGCCCCCGGAUCGCCUCACUGUCCAUGGGGAAGUUCUGUGCCUCAGUAGCUCUGAUAUUUUUCUCCUCCUCAGACAUCAUGACAGUGGUCUUCCGAAGUGAUUCUAUGAUCACCAACACUGGCUUUUAUGCUAUGUUCAACGUGAUUCCACAAGGCGAAAGAGAGUCAGAAGAUGGACCAGAGCUGCGGCUGGUGGGCGGCUCAGGACGGUGCUCAGGACGGUUGGAGGUCCUCCACCAGGGGGCCUGGGGCACCGUAUGUGAUGACCUCUGGGACCUCAAUGAAGCCAAGGUCGUGUGCCGACAGCUGGGGUGUGGACGGGCCAUUGCAGCCCCUGGAAAGUCUCACUUCGGCCCGGGCUCUGGAAACAUCCUCCUGGAUAACAUUCAGUGUUCGGGAAGCGAGAACCACCUCGGCCAGUGCCUCAGCUCCGGGUGGUCAGACCACAAUUGUGGCCACCAUGAAGACGCCGGUGUCGUCUGCUCAGAUGCUGGGGACUGGGCUCCAGAUGUGAUCCCUGCAUCCCCAGCUCCCAUCCCUCAAGUGCCUACACCACGAGGAGGAAGUAACUCUUGUGGAGGAGUCAUUUCUGGUCUCUCGGGCUCCUUCUCCAGUCCUUGGUAUCCAACAAACUACCCCACUGACGUGGAGUGUAUCUGGGUGAUACACGUGGCUGAGAAGUUCCACAUAGAACUGGUGAUCCCAAGCCUGAAGUAAGCAGCUUUGCCUUUUUCUACACCAAAGGCCAGAUUAGCUUUGAAUCCAUGCUUUCCUUAAGUAGGUGGACUUUCUGCAUAUCUAGUCAACUCAGCUCAGUUUUGAUAUAACAAAAAUGUCAAAAAUUAGAUAAUAAACAACAGAAAUGUGUUUCUUACAGUCCUGGAGAUUGGAAAGUCCAAGACCAGCAUUC